AUGUCUCUCCGGUUUUCUAGUGGGUCCAGACAUAUUUGUUUACAGUCUGGAACAGGUUCUGUCAGACCAUCAAAUGGAGGUGCAGGAUUUGCCGGCAACAAUGCAUGUGGCAGCUCCCUUACUGGAAGUGGACUUUCCUGUACUUUGGGAGGAGGUAGAAACCAUCCUGGUGGUGUCCUUGGAAAUGUUGCUGGAGCUGGCUUUGCUGGAAGUGAGGGGGGCCUCCUCUCUGGAAACGAGAAGGUGACCAUGCAGAAUCUCAAUGACCGCUUGGCCUCCUACUUGGAUAACGUGCGGGCUCUGGAGGAGGCUAAUGCUGAACUAGAAAGGAAAAUCAAGAGCUGGUAUGAAAAAUAUGGACCUGGAUCUUGUCGUGGACUUGACCAUGACUAUAGCAGAUAUCACCUAUCAAUUGAAGAUCUUAAGACUAAGAUAAUAGCAUCAACAACUGCAAAUGCUAAUGUUAUUCUGCAGAUUGAUAAUGCCAGGUUGGCUGCUGAUGAUUUCCGGCUCAAGUAUGAAAACGAGCUCAGUCUUCAUCAAAACACAGAGGCUGACAUCAAUGGGAUGAGGCGGGUCCUGGAUGAGUUGACCCUCUGCAGGACCGACCAGGAGCUACAGUAUGAGUCCCUGAGUGAGGAGAUGACAUACCUCAAGAAAAAUCAUGAAGAGGAAAUGAAGGCGCUGCAGUGCGCGGCCGGAGGCAACGUGAAUGUGGAGAUGAACGCAGCGCCAGGCGUGGACCUCACCGUGCUGCUCAACAACAUGCGCGCCGAGUACGAGGACCUGGCCGAGCAGAACCGCAGGGACGCCGAGGCCUGGUUCAACGAGAAGAGUGCCACUCUGCAGCAGCAGAUCUCCGACGACGCGGGGCGCUGCACCUCGGCCAGGAACGAACUGACAGAGAUGAAGCGCUCGCUGCAGACGCUGGAGAUCGAGUUGCAGUCGUUGCUGGCCAUGAAACACUCUCUGGAAUGCUCCCUGACUGAGACCGAGGGCAACUACUGUACACAGCUGACCCAGAUUCAGGGUCAAAUCGGCGCCCUGGAGGAGCAGCUGCACCAGGUCAGAACCGAAACCGAGGGCCAGAAGCUGGAGUACGAGCAGCUGCUAGACCUCAAGUUGCACCUGGAAAAAGAAAUCGAGACCUACUGCCGCCUGAUCGAUGGAGAUGGAAACUCAUGCUCCAAAUCCAAGGGCUUUGCAUCGGGAAGCUCAGGGAAUUCCUCCAAAGAAUUAUCCAAAACCACACUGGUAAAGACAGUGGUUGAAGAGAUAGAUCAGCGUGGUAAAGUUCUUUCCUCAAGAGUUCACUCCAUUGAAGAAAAAACAUCUAAGAUGACCAAUGGCAAAACAGAGCCAAAGGCUUCUUUCUAG